AUGUCCGGCUCAAACAGCGGAGCCUCAACAGAGGGCCACAAUGCUGUCAACAAUCUCGACCUAGAGAAGCAGGACACACACCUGACCCGAGCAACUACGAGAAGAACGUUGGAACGCCAUGAGACACGCCCGACACAAGGAGCGUCGGAUGUUCUGGACCUUCCUUAUGGCACGCUCAAUGACUCGGCCGAUCUGCACGAGUUCACCGAAGAGACCGCCGAAGGUAUUAUCCCCAAACGAACUAUCUCUCGAGUGUCUGGCAGAAUUGAGGAUCAUGAGUUGGUGACCUUCACUAUCAACGAUCCGGAAAACCCAAAGAAUUUCAGCAAACUCAAGAAAUGGUGGUGCACCAUGGUCGUUGCUUUUACCUGCUUUGUUGUCGCUUUCAACAGCUCCGUCAUCACGGCCAAUCUCGAAGGCGUCUCCGAGCGCUUCAACGUUUCCAAUGAAGUUGCGCUGCUCACAAUCACCGUCUUCGUCAUCGGAUUCGGUGUGGGCCCACUCGCGUUUGCACCUUGCUCCGAACUGUUUGGUCGAAAGCCCGUCUACGUCGUUACGCUCGCUCUAGCCGUCAUCUUCAUCAUUCCUUGUGCAGUAGCACAGAACAUUGGAACACUCAUCGUUUGUCGGCUCAUUGAUGGAAUUGCCUUCUCAGCACCGAUGACUCUGGUUGGAGGAACUCUUGCCGAUCUCUGGAGGAAUGAGGAGCGCGGAGUGCCCAUGGCCUUCUUUUCAGCUGCGCCUUUCAUGGGGCCAGCGAUAGGUCCACUUGUCGGAGGCUACCUAGGUACUAUGGGCUGGAGAUGGUUGUAUUGGAUCCAGCUGAUCCUUUCCGGCUUCGCCUUUUGCCUCAUCGCCUUCACCGUCCCCGAGACUUACGCACCCACCCUUCUUACCAGAAGAGCAAAGAAGAUGCGCAAGGACACCGGCGACAACAGAUUCGUCACGGAAAAGGAGCUUGAUACCCGCCCAUUCUCCGAGCAGCUAUGGAUCUUCCUCAUUCGGCCUCUGCAAUUGCUCUUCCUGGAGCCCAUUGUCCUCUUCAUCACGAUCUACAUGUCAGUGUUGUACGGCCUGCUCUAUAUGUUUUUCAUUGCCUAUCCGAUCGUGUACCAAGGCGGCAAAGGCUGGUCGCCCGGCUCGACGGGCCUCAUGUUCAUCCCACUCGCCCUCGGCGUUGUUCUGUCUGCCGCCGUUUCACCUCUCGUCAAUCGUCAUUACUUGACCCUUGUCGCCCGUGCCCCGAACAACAAGCCUGCUGCCGAGGCGAGACUCAUCCCGAUGAUGUUCAGCUGCUGGUUCAUUCCCAUUGGUCUCUUCAUCUUCGCGUGGACUUCCGCACCUUCUAUAAGCUACUGGGGGCCCAUGAUGGGCGGUUUCUCCGUCGGAUUUGGCUUCAUCUUCCUCUACAAUUCGGCCAAUAACUACCUCGUUGACACAUAUCAGCACCAAGCUGCAAGUGCGCUCGCCGCCAAGACGUUCCUCCGGAGCUUGUGGGGCGCCGGGGUUGUGUUGUUCACGCGGCAAAUGUACGACAGGCUGGGUCUACAAUGGGCGAGCAGCUUACUAGCUUUCUUGGCGUUGGCAUGCUGUGCCAUUCCGUACGUGUUCUAUUUCAAGGGCAAAGCGAUCAGAGCGUACAGUCGAUUUGCAUUUGCAGAUAAUGAAGAGGAGGAGAAACGGUAG